UUGGUCUAAGUAGAGACUUCGAAAUUUCCGUCUUUUGUCUCUUCGUUUGGUCUCAACAAGACGGCACUUAGAAAAAAUCCCCCGAUUUAUCAAAAAACAUGAACGGGCAGCCCGUCCAAAUCGACUCCAAACAGCAAGAGUUGAAGCGAAAAGUUGACCACGAUAGCGCUUCAAACGGCAAAGUUGAUCAAGCUAUGGCGAGCGUCCAUCACAAAUCUCCUUUGAAGGGUCCUGAGAAGAAGAAACCUAAGCUGCCUUCCAAUGACAAGGUUGACAAAAGCCCAGUAAGGUCAAGUGCAUUGAACAGCCCAAAGGUUCCAUCUCAUACAAAGGACAAGUCUCCUGUCAGACCAGUCACUUUAAAAAAGGAAGCAGUCAGUCCAACAAAAUCCCCCAAGCCUGCCGUCGCUUCUCCUCUAAAUAACAAGAAACCAGAAAAGCAAGAAUCCAGAUUGAACUCUGUACUCCCAAAACCCAAACCCAAGCCAGCAGACUCAGGCAGUGAUGAUGAUGACGUCCCAUUGGUUAGAAGAUUAAACACGUCUGAUAUAAAAGUAAAAUCCGAACCAAAAGAUAAAGACCCAAGCCAAAAGAAGCCCCAAAAGCCUAAAACACUAAAUGACAAGGUCACAGCUCAGAAGGCUAUCAAAAAAGAUAAGGAUGGGAAAGCUAUCAAGACGGAGAAAAAACCUGUUGUGAAGAAACCCACUGUAGCUUCAGAUGACAGUGAUGAUGAGCCAUUGUCUGCAAGGGUGAAUAAGGCAAAGCUACCCUCUAAACCAACUCCUAGCAAAAAGCCAGCGUCUGCCAAAAAAAACAAACAAGGGGAACGAAAAAGAAGGAAAAGUGGGAGUGACAGUGAUGAUGAACCAUUGUCUAAAAUUGCAAAGAAAUCUGUAAAAAAGGAGGAUGUUAAACAAAAGAAGACACCAGGAAAAGACACAAAAGGGAAAACUAAAACAACUGUUAAAAAGGAAGACAACAAAGAAGGGAAAGGAAAGAAAAAGAAGAAGGAUGAAGAACAGAAGGAACUCUGGAAGUGGUGGGAAGAGCAGGAGCUGCCAGAUGGCAAGAAAUGGUUGACCUUGGAACACAAGGGACCGUUUUUCCCUCCUGAGUAUGAACCACUCCCUGCUAAUGUAAAGUUCUACUAUAACGGUGAGGAGUACAAGCUUAGUCCUACUUCUGAAGAAAUUGCAGGGUUUUAUGCUAAGAUGCUGGAGCAUGAUUACACAUCCAAAGAAAUCUUCAACAAGAAUUUUUUCAGUGAUUGGAGAAAAGAGAUGACGGAAGAAGAACGGAAACAUAUCAAGGACCUGAAAAAUUGUGACUUCAAAGAGAUGCACAAAUACUUUGAAAUGAAAAACGAAGAGCGCAAAAACAUGACCAAGGAAGAGAAGCUUGAGAUCAAGAAGAAAAAUGAGGAAAUCCUGAACGAGUACGGCUUCUGCAUGAUGGACCACCACAAGCAGAGAGUUGGUAACUUCAAGAUUGAGCCGCCAGGUCUGUUCCGAGGGCGGGGUGAUCAUCCCAAGCAGGGCAAGCUCAAAAAGAGGGUCAUGCCUGAGGAAGUCACCAUCAACAUUGGCAAAGAUGCCAAGGUUCCAGAUCCCCCUGCUGGACACAAAUGGAAGAAAGUCAUCUGCGAUGACACGGUGACUUGGCUCGCAUGCUGGAUUGAGAACAUCCAGGGAAGUUACAAAUACGUCAUGUUGAACCCGACUUCAAGGUUAAAGGGUGAGAAAGACUGGCGAAAGUAUGAAACUGCAAGGAAGCUUAAGGAAUGUGUUGACAAGAUCAGAGAGGACUACAGAAAAGACUGGAAGUCCAAAGAAAUGAGACUAAGGCAAAGGGGCGUGGCACUAUAUUUCAUCGACAAGCUUGCUCUUCGAGCAGGUCACGAGAAAGAUGAUGACACAGCAGACACAGUUGGCUGUUGUUCUUUGCGUGUUGAACACAUUAAGCUACAUGAAGAGUGGGAGGACAAGGAGUGUGUUGUGGAGUUUGACUUUCUCGGAAAGGACUCCGUACGGUACCGGAACUUCGUACCCAUAGAAAAACGGGCUUUCAAAAACAUGAAGCUCUUCAUGGAAGGAAAGCAAGAGGGUGAUGACCUAUUUGACAGGCUGACGACUACUUCUGUGAACAAGUACUUGUCUGAACUAAUGGAAGGCCUGUCAGCCAAGGUGUUCCGUACUUUCAACGCAUCUCUCACACUGCAAGACCAGCUACAAAAGCUUACCAACCCGGAGGAUAAUGUCAACGCGAAGAUCCUGUCAUACAACCGCGCUAACCGGGCUGUGGCCAUUUUAUGUAACCAUCAGCGGACAGCGCCGAAAACGUUUGAGAAGUCUAUGUCCAAUCUGCAGUUGAAGAUCAGUGACAAAAAGAAAACAGUCAAGGAGGCCAAGAAGGAACUGAAAGCGUUACGCGUCAAAGCCAAGGAAAGCAAGUCCGAAUCAAAUAACAAGGCAGUGGAGAAAAAGAAGGCGCAAGUGCAGCGAUUGGAGGAACAGUUAUUCAAGCUGGAAGUGACGGCUACGGAUAAGGAGGAGAAUAAGGAAAUCGCCCUUGGUACCUCCAAGCUCAACUAUCUCGAUCCUAGAAUUACUGUAGCUUGGUGCAAGAAGUUUGAAGUCCCAAUCGAGAAGGCCUACAACAAGACCCAGCGUGAGAAGUUCGCAUGGGCCAUCGACAUGGCAGGAGAAGAUUUCGUAUUUUGACGACUUCUAUUCUUAAUCUUUCUUGUCUUCCCGUAGUACAGCCCUGUAGCACGAGGUCAUAGCCCAGGAUCACGUGAUUUCACAGACCAAAAGCACACGAUAUCAAAGCCCAGGGACGUGUUGUAACAGAUAAGAGGCACGUGAUAUCAAACAAUGGUGUGAGUGAUGUCAAAGCCCAGGAUCACGUGAUAUCACAGACCAAAAACACGUGAUAUCAAAGCCCAGGCACGUGUUGUAACAGAAAAGACGCACGUGACAUUAAAGUACUGGUGUGAGUGAUGUCAAAGCCCAGGAUCACGUGAUAUCACAGACCAAAAGCACGUGAUAUCAAAGCCCAGGGACGUGUUGUAACAGAUAAGAGGCACGUGACAUCAAAGUACUGGUGUGAGUGAUAUCAAAGCCCAGGUCCACGUGAUGUAACAGACCAGGGGCAAGUGAUAGCAAUGUCCUGAAGCACGUGAUAUCAGAGAUAAAGAGCAGGUGAUGUCAUGUGUUCUUAUGGACCAAUGUCUUGUUUCGUCUUCGGGGCGAUGUUAGCGGGGCUAGACCAGGGUGAGGCCGCGAGCUCGAUUUGAUUUUCGACUGAAGUAUGUUCUGUACGAUCGUAGGGGGUGUCUUUUUGUGGCUGGUUAUUUUUAAAUUUAUGAUCGCAUCAGAUGCUCCCAUACUUGGGAAGGAAAUUUACUUCGCCUGAGCGGCCAAACAUUCUAGACAAACAAUUUCCGGGCCGUGCGUAUGUACACAACGUUAUUGGGGCCAGCACUUGUACUAACUACGAGCACCUUCUGUUGGGCUAUCCAAAAUCUUGACGAGUUGGUCCUCUAACAUAAUGGAACCACCAUAUUGUUACUUGUUACUUCGUUUGAACGAUAUAUCUGGUAGCUUAACAUUGUCUUAUAGAACAAUAAGGCAUAGUUAAGACGCCAUUCUUCUCUUGUACCGUUGCAAAUUCAAAUGAACGAAGUCGAUAGUUUCAUCCCUAUUUGUAUGCAUCUAAAUUUGGAACGGUACAUGAAAGGGACGAUAUCUAAACAAGGCCUAACAAGCUAUUUUCUCAGCUGUUACCAGUAACGUUGCGCGAUAUGCAGAAGGGUUGACUUUGUCUCACUGGUUAUUAACCGAAGAGUAUUAUUUUUGUCUUCUCGUUUGCUUGCACUGCUUUUUAACCUUUUAGCUAUACGUUCUUGAUUAGUCUACAGAGUAGCGCUAUCUUUUUAUCGAUACAAUGCAUCGAAUUUGAUAUAACAGGAAGCUCUCCGAUUGUACAUACAAGAAAAUGCGGGAAUUCCAUAUUUAUUUUCCAAUCAGCUCUAAUUUAAUAUACAGGAUUUGCAAGUACAUAGUUUUUUAGAAAUUGUAGUUAAUAUAUUGCAGGGGUUCUUGACAUGGCAUAAAGGAAGUGGCUAGUAGAAGACCCCAGUAGGGCUUUGGAUAUUUAAAGCCGCAUUGUCAUCAGUUUACUUCCGGUCGAUUACCUAACAAUAUCCGAUGAUUUUUAACGGAAAACGCGAAAAAUAUUUCAAAAUAUUGAAAGCAGUGUGUCUAUUGGAAGUUUCUUUGAGGAUGUGAUUGAUAAUUUAGAGCGGAUGGCCUGUUAAAUAUUUCGGAUUCGAAUAGAUUCUUUUGUCUUUUAACGGUUUAGGUUUCCGCCGGACCUCCGGAAGUAAACUGGUGACAAUGCGGCUUUAAGUGAACCUCUUUUUUACACCGUGAUCCACCACUAUAGGAGACUGAAAUCCAGAGCCUCGCCGUCUUUCUAAUACUAGCUACGCUUUUGAUUGGAUUGGCAGGGAUAAAACUUGAGGGAAGGCGAUUACCCGGUGCAGGCGCGUUCCGAGGGGGUGCGCAGUCAUAGGUCUGAUAUGGAAAAAGCAUAGUAUUUGAAGAUUCCUUAAUAAGAAAUGACCCACUUUUGGCCGCUAAGGGGGGGGGGGGGGGGGUGCGCGCGCGCACCCUGCGUACCCCCCUGUGUACGCGCCUGCGGUGUUUUCGCUAUGGGCCGAGUCGUGGCCGCCAUAACACCGGGUAAACACCCGCAAGAAGGCUAGAUUGGCUGGGGUAAAACUUGUGGGCCAUAUCGUCUCACUCCAAAUGGUUCAGAAUUGCGAUUCUCUUAAAUUUCAUAUUACUUGAAAUUAUGAGUUCCGUAGGUUGGGAGAAUUUACAAACACUGUGUCCGGCUUGUUGGACUGUUUAUUUUGAAUAUUGAAAGGUUUAAUUAUCAAUGCAAUAUUUUCUUAUCUUAUCAGCAAGAAUGAAGCUGUUUUAUUUUACUCACUGGGAAAAGUGUUAUGUAAAUUCUCAUCACUCAAUGACAGCUAGAACCAAUGAUCUUGUUAGAAGAAAUUCCAAUUUGAACCGAUUUUGGAGAGAAAUGGUUAAAACCCGCAGUAGACCCAUCUUCAAACAGUGAAUGUUGAUCUGUUACACUCACGAUUUUCUCCAUAUGUUCGUGCUGUGUGUGUAUAAAAAAAUCUCAAAUUAGAAAAA